GAGAGCUGUUCCUUAUCAACCGGGUGUGUUUGAUCGUCAAUUCACCUUCCGCGCAGGUUCGUCCUUCCGACGGCUUCUCGAUACAUUUAAGGAAAGAAAUGGCCGAUCGAGACCGAUGGGUUGAUUUCCAAAUCGAACUCGUCGGAAUCGCUCGCGCCUGCUCUCUCUCAAUUCAUCGUCGUCGAUGGGCAAGAGUCGCAGGAAGUUCUUCAGAGGCCUCGGGAAGCUCUUCUGCGGAGCUGGCGGCCACCAAGACGGGAAUGACCAAGAGGCCUUGGAGGCGAUCACAGCGACGGAGCAGCGGGUGUUCCGGUACGACAAGCUGGCGGCGGCCACUGGCAAUUUCAGCUCCAAGCACAAGCUUGGCGAAGGGGGAUUCGGCCCUGUUUACAAGGGGCGGCUGGAGGACGGGCGGGAGGUGGCGGUGAAACAGCUGGGGCGGGGCUCGCGGCAAGGCGCGAGGGAGUUCGAGAACGAGGCGCUGCUGCUGUUGCGCGUGCAGCACAAGAACGUGGUGAAACUCCACGGCUACUGCGCCGAUGGAGACGACAAGCUCCUCGUCUACGAGUACGUCUCCAACCAGAGCCUCGAUAAGUUCCUCUUCUCCAGAGAAGAGGGGAGGAAGGCGGAGCUGGACUGGGCGCGGCGGUACCAGGUGAUCCUUGGGGUGGCGCGGGGGCUGCUCUACCUCCACGAGUCGGCGCACACCACCAUCAUCCACCGCGACAUCAAGGCCAGCAACAUCCUGCUCGACGGCCGGUGGACGCCCAAGAUCGCCGACUUCGGCAUGGCGCGGCUGUACCCGGAGAACCAAACGCACGUCAACACCCGCGUCGCCGGCACCAACGGCUACAUGGCCCCCGAGUACGUCAUGCACGGCGUCCUCUCCGUCAAGGCCGACGUCUUCAGCUUCGGCGUACUCCUGCUCGAGAUCGUCGCUGGUCGCAAGAACACUGCCUUCGCCCCGCUACCAGACCCCGACGCCGGCAAUCUCCUCGAAUGGGCGUGGAAGCUUUAUGAAAAGGGGAAGAGCGUGGAGCUGUUGGAUCGGGCCCUGUCGCCGGCGAUCACCGCCGCCGACGAGGAGCAGGUGGGGAUGUGCGUGCAGCUGGGGCUCCUCUGUACGCAGACCGACCCGAAGCAUCGCCCCGACAUGAAGAUCGUCCUCGUUGCACUGUCGAAAAAGCCGGCGACGAUGGCGUUGGAGCAGCCGACGAAGCCCGGGAUUCCUGAAACCAGGCGCCGGAGGAGAUCCCAUGGAACCACCACCACUCGGGGAUCCACUACUACCCCCGUCGCGGCUGUCUCCGGUGACAAAUCUUCCUCCGCUUCCUCCUCCGCCACCAUCACAACCACUGCAACCACCACCACCACCACCCACUCGAGCAAUUUGCUACACUAAUCUUGUCAACAUCAAUUCAAAUGUAGUUAUUUAAUUAUAGCAUAUUCCUUCGUUUAGUUAUAAUAUAUUUUUGUUUAAUUAUAAUUAAUUUUUAAAUCGGUAUAAUAAAAGGAUUAAGUUAACUUUUGGAUG